AUGGAAGCCAUAGGCCUAGUGGCCAGCAUCAUCACCCUCAUCAGCGCAGCGAGCCAUGCCGCCUCCCUCCUCGAACGAGUGUUGGGCCUCCGCGGCAUUCCACUUCACGUUCUUGGAGCGAUCAACGAAGUUACCGACUUCAAGGCUGUCAUUGCUUUGGUGAAGACGGCAUUUGAGGAAACCCAGCACCAGCUUCCGUUAGAAUAUGAGAUCGAAUUCAAUAGACUUUCGGAUCGGGCCAUGGGUCGUAUCGACGCCUUCACGAAACACUUACGGAGAAAUGUCCUGCGUGAGCGAGAAGGAGCGAUCGGCGAUCAUAAGGUCACUGAGUUGAAGAGGCGUGUGAAGUGGAUGGAAGUAUUGGGGAGAGGUCAAGCGCAAGGUCAGAUCGACUCGUUCCAGCAGGAGCUAGCUUCGUUGAAACUCAGCUUUGUACUGGCAAUGAGUGCGACAAAUUUGAUAAGGGGCAUCGAUCUGUUUUUGAGCGAGCUCGAGCGCGAGCCUAUCUCUCUUCUCACUCUUGCUAUUGACUGUACAGUGGGAGAGCCUACAUACGCCAUGCUGCUGGACCAGGGAGCGGACAUUAACUAUCCGUCGCCUGUUGAUGGCCUGUCAGUCUUCUUGAAUGACCUUCUUCGAAUUCAGCCAAGCGCUGCGCUAGCUCGAGACUCUUUGGGCAAGACCCCGCUACACUGGGCUGUUAUUCUGGGAAACGCCGAGGCGAUUGAUUUGUUGGUAGCAGCUGGCGCGGAUCUACACGCCGUCUCAAAAGAUCAUAAGACUCCCUUGUGGAAUGCCGUCAGAUCAAAGUUUAGUUCGCGUUCUAUUUGCAUCAAGAUAUUGGAAGCCGGCGCAGACGUUAACCAGGUCAUUCAACACACAUUCACGGCCCUCGGACUAGCAGUGUCUAGUCCACGGGUCUCGAUAACGGACAUCUUACUAAAAGCUGGAGCUGAUGUGGAUGGAGCUCCGAGUGGGCAUCCCGCUCUCACAAUUGCGGCUUCUACUUCUGCACCCGAAGUUCUGGAGCAUCUGCUGUCCGCAGGCGCCAACAUCGAGGCCCGAAAUCCUCUCGGCAAGACUGCAGUCAUAUGCGCUGCGCAGUAUAACAACCACGCCGCACUCGAGAUACUCAUACAGCAUGGCGCUCGGCUCAACGGUUGGACGAAUUCACAUCACUCGAUCAUACAUUUCGUGGCCAGUUAUGGCGAUUUGCAGACUAUGCAAACUCUGGAAAAAGCAUGUAUAGAAGGUCUUCCAAUGGACGAGGACUCACUGGAAGACUACUGGUACCACUUCGAAGAUAGGCGCUGCAACAAGUAUCUGCCGAGGGGUAAGAUGUCCCGGGAGGUCGAAGAGGCUGCUUUCCAAACUCUCCUCGAUAGCAUUACCCCCGCGACAUAUGCCACAUCGGAGGAUGGACACUACGAAGAUUCUGAUGUUAUUCACAUACCAGGGGCAUUUCCAGUUGACCCAGACGGUUUGGAUUGCGAAACUCGGAUUGCAGAGGCGCGAGAAAGGGAUGCCGACUACGAAUGCGAAGAGGAGAAAGAUAGCGACGAUGAAUCGUGGAUUACUACCGACGACGACUGUUCGGGUGACGAAGAGGACACGAAUGUUGUAACUGAUGACGAUGGAGACGGUGAUCUGACUUGA